AUGCUCCGUGACUCGUUCUUGCGCUCAGCCAGCUCAGUCAGACUAGUUACCGUAGCUCAGUGCACGUCUCCACGCACCCUCCGACUGCCCCGCGCCGCCGUCCUCCCGCCUCCCUCGACCAUCCCUCGCUCACUGCGAUCGUCCUUCUCGACCUCGGCCCCAACCCAAGAAGCCAGCGAGCACGCAGGAAAGAUGCAGGACUCGUGGAGGAUUCCUCAACCGAGCGCACCGGAGCCGAAGCUCAAGGUGUACAACUCGCUUACUCGUUCGAAGGUAGACUUCGUGACCAAGAAGCCCGGGAUCGUAACGUGGUACAAUUGCGGCCCGACAGUGUACGACGCCUCGCACAUGGGUCAUGCCAGGAACUACAUGGCUCAGGACAUCAUGCGGAGGAUCCUGCGCGAUUACUUCGGCUACGAGGUCAACUUCGUCAUGAACAUCACGGACGUUGACGACAAGAUUAUCAUCCGGGCUCGUCAGUCGCACCUCCUCAAGAAAUACCUCGCCGAGCUCGCCUCCUCGUCGACCCCGCUCUCCUCGCGCGUCUUGCAGGAGGUGUCGACCGCAUGGACCGCCUACUUCGCCAAGGCCUUCGCCGCGUCUCUACCUUCUCCUGUUGCUGGCGAAGACUUUGCGGCCGCCGAGGCCGGUUGGGCCCAGGUCCAGGGCCUCGCGAAGGACGCCAAGUGGGUCGAGGCGCAGAAGACGGCCAACGAGAAGUUCCCGAUGUACUUUGCGGCUGUCGAGGCGGGAUAUGUGGCCCUGAAGCAGGCGCAGAAGCAGGAAGCGGCGGGUUCCACGAGUUUGACAGAUGCUGAAGCGCUCGUCGAGGCGAACAAGGACGCUGUUGGUCUCUGGCUCGACAAGCAGUUCGGCGCGAGCGUGACGGACCCGGCUGUCUUCCGCGACCUGGCGGCGUACUGGGAAGACUCGUACUUCAAGUCGAUGGCUGCGCUGCACGUCGAACGGCCGACCACGUUGACACGAGUGAGCGAGUACAUCCCCGAAAUCGUCACGUUUGUCGAAGGCAUCGUAAAGCGAGGCUUUGCGUACGAGGGCGGCGGUAGCGUCUGGUUCGACACGGUGAAGUUCGAAGGCGCGAAGGGCGAGGGCGAAGGCGACGACGAGUGGCGGCACACGUACGCUAAGCUGCAGCCGUGGAGCAAGGGCAAUCGGGAACUCCUCGAAGACGGAGAAGGCUCGCUCACCAGCACGACCGGCAAGCGCUCGGCGGCAGACUUUGCGCUCUGGAAGUCGUCCAAGCCAGGCGAGCCGGCAUGGCCAUCGCCUUGGGGUCCCGGUCGGCCAGGCUGGCACAUUGAAUGCAGCGUCAUGGCCAGCGCGGUGCUCGGCGAGGGCAUGGAUGUGCAUUCAGGAGGUGUCGACCUGGCAUUCCCCCAUCACGACAACGAGAUCGCCCAAAGCGAGGCCUUCCACAACUGCCGGCAAUGGGUCAACUACUUCCUCCACACGGGCCACCUGCACAUCGAGGGCCUCAAGAUGUCGAAAUCGCUCAAGAACUUCAUCACGAUCGACGACGCCCUCGAGAAGCACACUGCGCGGCAGCUCCGCUUCGCGUUCUUGAUGCAGAACUGGAACGCUCGGCUCGACUUCAAGGAGUCGUCUAUGCAGGAGGUCAAGAGCGCUGAGACGGUGCUGAAUAACUUCUUUACCAACGUCAAAGCUCUCGCGACUGAGGCAAAGGAGCGCAGUGUCGCCUCCGACGGACACCACCACUAUGAGCAGGCGGAGAAGGACCUUCUUGCCCAACUCGAGCAAGCCCAGCUCGCCUUCCGUACCGCCCUCUGCGACUCGUUCGACACCCCCACCGCCCUUCAGAUCCUCCUCGACAUCGUCUCGAAGACCAACAUCUACCUCGCCCGCGGUCGAAGACAGGUCAACUUCGCCGUCAUUCUCGCCGUCUCGGAUUGGGUCACGCGGAUGUUGCGGAUGUUUGGGCUCGGCGAGGGCUCCCCUGUGGACGGGAACGGCGACAAGGUUAUCGGGUGGGGAGUUGCAGCCGCGAAGGGCGACCAGCAGAGCAUCGACCGUGAGAGCAUCCUCAUGCCGUACCUUCGGGCGCUAUCCGGCUUCCGCGACCAGGUUCGACAACUCGCCAUGUCCGGCGCCGCCUCGUCCGACAUCCUCGCCUUGACCGACAAGUUGCGCGAUCACGACCUUGUCGACCUUGGCGUCGCGCUCGACGAUCAGGAAGACGGUCGUGCGAUGGUCAAGCUCGUCCCGCCUGAGAUUCUGCGCGAAGCACGCGACGCGAAGGCUGCAGCCGUCCGAGAAAAGGCGGCCAAGAUGGCUGCCGCUGCGGCAGCCGCCGAAGCGAAGCGUCUCGAGCGCUUGGAGAAGGGUCGCAUGCCGCCGACGGAGAUGUUCCGCUCGAACACGGCCGAGUACUCGGCUUGGGACGAGCAAGGUCUGCCGACCAAGGACAAGGACGGCAACGAGCUGCCCAAGUCGCGCGGGAAGAAGCUCAAGAAAGAAUGGGACAUGCAGAAGAAGCUGCACGACGAGUUCCUGAAGGAGCAGGAGAAGCAGAGCGCAUAG